GCGAGGUGGAGUACCUGAGCAUCUUGGACAACAAGGGGAGCACCAAGACCUACUGGGAGUCCCGCAUGUUGGCCACUAUGGACGACGGAGGCUGGGAGAGUGUAGCCAACGUCCGCUUCCAGCCCCUGCCAGGGACCACGCCCGUUAUUGUCCAGACGGAGGAGGAGGACGACGACCUGCACAUUACGACCCCUUCGCCAGAGUUUCUUCCGGCGCCGCCUCCACAAUUUGACAACUCCCCCGUGGAGUCUGAGGAGUCGUCACCUCCCUCCUUAGACGUGCCGGCCAACCAGCCCACCACAGCCCACAACAUCACCACCACCCACAACAUCACAUCUAACAACACCGCCAACAUCACCACCACCUACAACAUCAACCUUCAGGAGACUCGACCCGCCAAGCAAUAUAUUUACGGCAUCAGCGACGUUUCAACACCCAAGGAGAUGCGCAGCGCCCGCGUUGUGGAGACGGUGGCUAAGAAGCCCGCGCAGGAGAAUGUCAUCGAGGCGGAGAUUCGCGCCCAGCAGGUGAAGGAGGUGGAGAUGCUGCAAGAAGGAACACUGAAGACAACGGCCAUGGUUGGGCGGGAAAAAGGCGCCUCCUCCCCCGCCAGCCACGACUCCGACGAAGGCUUCGUGGAACGUCUGGCCGAAGACGCCCCAACGGUCCCGGACGCCGGCUACACCCACGCCAUCCCUGGCAACGAUGGAGAGCCAGUUAUCUAUGAUGCUGUUAGCCCGCCCCAUCAGUACUUCUCCGAGAGCUCUCCCACACCCAUUCCAUCCUCGACUGAAACCAAGAUCGCCCUUGAGAUCCGUGAGCUGAAGGAACGGGAAGAAGAACUCCGUCAGAUGAGAGAACGUCUCAUGAACUCCUCGAGGGAGAACCUGCUCGACGACGAAGAAGCGAGGAGCUCGGCCUCAAGAGAGCAGCUCCUUGAGGACCACUUGACCUCCCUCACCACCACAACAGACGAGGGCAACUUCUCAGAGUGUGGCGACCCGGCCUCCUCAGAGGACAAGAGUAGCGAUGGUUCUAACAGCCGCAUAAUGUCCCCGGACCUGCACCACCCUGGCACUGGCCUCGACUACACCCGCAGGAAGGUCACCGUCAAGCCCUUCGAGGACGAGGAGGAAGACCAGCAGCCUGUCUACACAAGGAUGCAGAAGGAGUCUGUCAUCGAGAGGGAAAUUCGCCUAGCCAGGGAGCGAGAGGAAGCCUUCAGGAGAGAGAAGGGCAUCACCAAUUCUUCUCUCAACAACUCUUCCUCCAAUCGUGCAGCUGGUCAGCCUCCUUCGACCCGAGCCCCACCAGCAGUGGUGAGCAAUGAUGGCCGGGAUGUCCAGCACCGCCUCGCUACCAACAGGAUUCAGUUGGAAAUUCAGGAGACCAGCAUAAAGGAAAAGGAGCUCAGAGAUGCUGGCAAGAUUCUUACAAUGUCUGAGGACACUGUGGAUGCCAAGGUGACCCGCAUGUCAGAUUUUACCGACCAGAACGAAAGCCCACGAAUUUGGCCUGCUUCCUCUAGACCUUGCAACUUCAGCACUCCUUCUCCCACCCCGAAGUGUAGUUCCUCACCCCUCAGCCCAUCCUCUCCAGUUCCCAACUUCACCCCUUCACCUGCCUUAUCCCGAGGCCUCUCGAGGAGUCUUUCCACCACCAACUUGACUAGUACCUCAUCCUUGACAAACUCACGAGCACCCAAGGGACUCAUGCAGAAGUUCAUAGCUUCUCGGGGCAAGAUGACAGGUUCAGCGUUUGCAUCGCCUCCCCAUACCCUCGCCCACACCACAUCCACAUCCCGGGGUAUUCCCACCAGACCGAUGAGAGUGGAGCCAAAGGCAACAGUUAUACAGCGUGAAACUUUGGCAAGAAUGAAGCCAACACCAGUGGACAAUAGCUCAAAUCUAGACAAUACUUCACAAUCUCAAAAACAGACCAGCCAUGUACAGCAGCAGUAUCGGCGGUCAUAUUGCACAGCAGAGGAGAAGAUACAGUCUGAGCUGAAGGAAAUGCAAAUGCGAGAAGAAGAAUUAAGACAACUACGUGCUCGUCAAUUGGCUCAGUCGCAACCAAAUCUCAUGGAUUUGGUUGCCGAUGAAGAUGAUCACGAAGAUGAAGAGAGUGAGCACAGUUUCCAAGAGAUGAAUGGUCUCCGUACGACCUACUCCAAUCCUAACCUCCUUGAAGAUGAGCCAAACCAAACACAGGUCAUGGAUAAGGGGCAGAGGCGCCGAAGUGCUUUAAUUGCUCAAUGGGAAAAUCGCAUUCAGCAAACCACAGACACCUGAGCCAGCAUACCUGAGCAUUUGGUGCUUGUGAGAGCAAGUUAUGCCAUAUGCCGACAGCAGGCCAGAUCAUCCUCGGCAGCCAUAAGGGUUCCAUCAUGCAGCUCUACAUAGCUUUUUGAUUCCUAUAUUAACCAUGUCAGAAAGGCCGCAGUUAGCUGUUUCCCUUUGUUCAUUAUUUUGGUCUUAGUAUACUUUAAUUGCUGCCAGGAUCAUAAAUUCAUUUAAGAUAAAAUUCACUUUUUUUGUCUGGCUGCUGUGGCCAUUCUUGUGAUUAUAGUGUGAUAUAGUACCAAUCAUAUUUUUAAGUAAAGUGCUUAAAUAUUAUAGGCCUAAUAAUCACGGAUAGCAGGGUAGCGGAAAAGUUCUUAAUUAAUCUUCUAAAUAACUUUGACACUUGAACAGAUCCCUCCCUUAUUUAAUUCUUCACUUUUAUGAAGGAUAUGCUGUAUACACAGUUUAUAGUUACUGUGCUUCCUAUUUUAUUGUAAUUAUUGUAUGCAUCUAUUGACAAAUGUGCUUCUUAGUUAUGGAUGUCGUUUGCAAACAGUAAUUUAUGUGACAGGAGACUGGGGCCUCUUUAGUGUUGAUGUACAUAUGUAGAUUAUGCAAUGUUUUAUGCUUUUUCAGCUGCAUAUGUUAUUGUUAAAUUAAUAAUCCUUUGUAUGUUAUUUUAGGAAUAACGUAAGUGUAAGGUUAAUAUUGUACCCUAUGGCGAGUCUGCAGGCAAGAUUUCUAAUCAGCAGCCUUUAGCCCAGGUGUAUUAUGUUGCACAAAUAAAAAGCUUAUGUGAAAAUUAUGAUUAAUUUUCCUUAUACUGUAAACAUCUGAGAACACUUAACCUUCUAAUAAAUGUAAAAACAUG